AUGGGCGACAACAAAUAUUACACUUUGGCUGAAGGCUGCCCUGUUGCAAGCAACAAAAUGGCUGUCAUGAUACGGGAUAGGAAGAGACAGGGCGGUGGGCUCGGAUUGCUUCAGGAUACUCAUCUCAUAGAGACUUUGGCUCACUUCUCCCGUGAGAGAAUCCCGGAGCGCGUCGUUCAUGCCAAAGCUGUUGGGUCUUAUGGCGAGUUUGAAGCCACCCGCGAUUGCUCCGACUUUACCUGUGCCAGCUUUCUCAGCAAGGUCGGAAAGAAAACGUCCGUGCUUCAGCGCGUGUCAACGGUCGGAGCUGAGUCAGGAUCUGCUGAUACUUCUCGCGAUGUGCAUGGAUGGUCAAUGAAGCUCUACACAGACGAGGGAAAUCUCGAUUGGGUUUUUAAUAACACACCUGUCUUUUUCAUUCGCGAUCCGAUCAAGUUCCCGUCGAUGAACCGAUCCCACAAGCGGAACCCCCGGACCCAUCUUCCUGAUGCAAGCAUGUUCUGGGAUUUCCACAUCGGCAACCCUGAAGGCAUACAUCAACUCAUGGUUCUAUUCAGCGACCGCGGAACUCCAAAGUCGCCUCGCUACAUGAAUUCCUACAGUGGACAUACAUAUAAGUUCACCAAGGCGGAUGGCUCGUUUAAAUAUGCCAAAAUCCAUGUUAAAACGCAGCAAGGAAUACAGAGUUUUACCCGCGAAGAAGCUACCAAGAUUGCCGGAGAGAACCCUGACUAUAUGAUCCAGGACAUGUUUGAGGCCAUUGAGAGAGGCGACUAUCCUGUCUGGAAUGUCUACGUUCAGCUGAUGACUCCCGAAGAGGCCGAGAAAUAUGAAGUAAAUAUCUUCGAUAUGACCAAAGUUUGGUCUCACAAGGACUUCCCUUUGCAGCAGAUUGGGCGUCUUACGAUGAACCGCAAUCCGCAAAACUAUUUCGCAGAUAUUGAGCAAGCUGCAUUUUCCCCAUCGACAAUGGUUCCGGGAUUCGCUGCAUCGGCUGAUCCAGGCAAGUCGAGACAGUUCUUAAAUUUUCCUCCUAGGAUUUCCCCGAAGCUAACCUGUGACUCAGUCUUACAAGCGCGACUAUUCGCAUACCCCGACGCCGCCCGUUAUCGACUUGGGGUGAACUACCAGCAACUCCCAACAAAUGCUGCCAAGGUACAAGUCUACUGUCCUUUCCAAAGGGACGGAAAGAUGCGGUUUGACCACAACUAUGGCGGGGACCCUAGUUACGUUGGCUCGACAAUCAAGCCCACCAAUUUCUAUCAAGAUGUCAAGGGAUCAAACCCCGAAGCAUUGUUCCUACAUACAGAGCAUGAAAAAUGGGCGGGAGAGGUUUCGGCCUAUUCCAGCGAGAUCACCGACGCAGACUUUGUCCAGCCCGCAGCAUUGUGGAAGCUUAUUGGUCGUGAGCCUGGUCACCAGGAUAGGCUAAUUGACAAUCUAGUCCUCAGCAUUAAGGACGUUAAGUACCCUGACUUGCGCAAAGCUGUAUAUGGUCUUUUUAGCCGUGUCGACAAGGUGCUUGGGUCAAAAUUGCAAGAGCGUACCGAAGCAGCAAUCAAGGCCGCAUGA